AUGAAUGACAGUGUUUGGAAGCUUCAAAACAUCGAUGCAGCGUACUGGGACGAGUACAUCGCCACGCGCCCCAAGUACGACUCCACUAUCUUUGAUCCCAUCUUUGCCUACCAUGCGGCAGGAAAAAUCCCUUUCCGCGACGCUCUCGAUAUCGGUACCGGCGCUGGCUCUACCCUUGGACCGUUGCUCGACAUGUUUGGUCGGGUCACCGCGAGCGACAAUGAUACCGUCAGUGUACAAUUUGCGCAGCACAGGUUCCAACACAUUCCGCGCAGUCGACUCUCCUGGACCAUGUCGAAAGGAGAGGAACUCAUCAAAUACCACGCUCCAGGAUCCUUCGACAUGAUUACUUGCGCUUUAACUUUCCCUUUGCUCGAUACCGAGAAGGCAUUACGCUGCAUAUUCACUCUGCUACGACCCGGUGGAACAUUGGCAAUUUGGUUCUAUGGUCCACCCUUCUUCAUCGAGCCAACGCUUGCAACAGAAGCUCAACCUAUACUUUAUGCUGCGAUGGAUCAGGCUUUUAAGCCGGUGGUUAGCGGUGGCAAUGGGCAGCAGAGAGCAAGCUGGAAGCGGGCAGCGGACGGAAUGGCAAGCUGGUUGGACUACAUUCCCUUUUCUGAAGGUCAAUGGAAGGACGUUCGCCGGCAAAAGUGGAACAAUACCAAAGCUCGCCUGGCCUUCUUUGGGCCGGCUGCCUGUGACUUCAAGGUUGAACCGGUGAGUUCUGUGAACAGGCUUGAGGCCGUUACCGAAAAGUACGAUCCCACUUUCUGGAACGUGAAUUGGGAUUUUGAGAUGGUGAGAAGAUUUGUUAUCGCGGUUUUCCCAAAGCCGAGAGAGAUGGCCGGCCCUGAUGAGAUUAUGGACGGACAUUUGAAAAAAUUACGAGAGAUGAUGGGCGGCCGGGACCGAAAGGCCUCAAUGUCCUGGCCUGCAGUAUUGAUCUUGGCGCGAAAGCAAUGCUAA